AUGGGCGACACGUUCAAACCGCCUCCGGAGCCAACGACCGAACUUGGCCGAUAUAGAAUCUUAUCAAGUAGUGCUGGAGUCAGAGUGUCACCGUUUGCGCUGGGAGCUUUGUCACUUGGUGAUGCGUGGCACGAAUGGCUGGGUGAGACCGGCAAGGAGAAGUCAUUUCGUCUUCUCGAUGCAUAUUACGAAGCAGGCGGAAACUUCAUAGACACCGCUAACAACUAUCAGGAUGAGCAGUCGGAGACCUGGGUAGGAGAGUGGAUGGCUGCUAGGAAGAAUCGUGACAUGCUAGUCGUCUCUACCAAGUUUACCACAGACUAUCGCAGCCAUGCUCUUGGGAAAGGAAGGACGGUCAACUAUGCGGGAAACCACAAGAAGUCCUUACAUCUGUCGUUCCAGGCUUCUCUCCGAAAACUGCAGACAGACUAUGUUGAUAUACUCUAUCUCCACUGGUGGGACUGGACAACAUCGGUCAAAGAAAUCAUGGACAGCUUGCACUGCCUCGUCGAGCAAGGUAAAGUUCUCUACCUUGGAAUCUCAGAUACGCCCGCAUGGAUCGUUGCAAUAGCGAAUGAGUACGCUACCAACCACGGCAAGACGCCGUUCAGCAUCUACCAAGGACGCUGGAACGUCAUGCGCCGUGACUUUGAGCGCGAGAUCAUACCCAUGGCUCGACACUUCGGAAUGGCUCUAGCACCUUGGGAUGUUCUUGGUGGCGGCCAAUUUCAGUCCCGCAAACAAAUUGAGAAUCAAAAGCAGCCUGACCACAAAGCCUUGCGCUCUGAACAGACUCACAAGGAGGCAAAGAUGUCGGCAGCCCUAGAGAAUGUUGCUGCCGAGCACGAUCUCGAGAAUCCGUGUAUCAUCGCCCUUGCCUACGUGCUUCAGAAGACGACAAGUGUGGUACCCAUCCUGGGGCAACGGACGAUAGAACAACUGUAUGACAACAUCAAGGCUCUUAGUGUGAGAUUGACGACAACGCAGAUGAAAUAUCUUGAGAGUCAAACGGACUUCGAUGUUGGGUUUCCGAGUGACUUUGUGGGCGAAAGCCAACGGUGA